AUGGCCAGCGCAGAGUCGGGCACCUCUCGUUUCAAGACCUUCAAGUUCACAGAAAGGCCUCCUCCACCACCUCCGAAAGACCCCGCCUACCUUGUGCGCAACAACAACCGGUCCACAACUUCCCUAGGCUCUCCCGAACUCCUUCCAAGUUCUUCCCAGACCGCACCUGCGUCCCCAAUUUCGCCGUCGAUCCAGUACGCCAUACGCCGCGCGAAUUCUCCGUCACCAUCCCCGUUUUCGUCUCCAGAGAACAACCACAUGAACCAGUCAUCUACGUCUCUCCUCUCGCCCCCGACGCAGCAGCAACAGCAGCAGCCUAUCGAUGCUACCGCAAGCACGAGCACAACCCAGGGAGGCAGCAUGAGUGGGGAAGCGAGGCAGCGGCAGACGCAGAUGACGCUGACGAAGAAGGACAAGGCUCUCGCUUUUCUCAAGUUCCCGAAACGCAGUCCGCGCACGCCCCCCGCCGCUGCAUCGAGCGAGGAUGACCCAACGCCAGGUAGUGAGGACGAUGCUAUCUCGUUGCCGUGGAACUUUCAGCAUAACAUCCAUGUCGACGAAGGGUACAUGGGCAUACCUCCCUCGUGGUCCACCUCGCUUGCUGCAGCAGGCUUCACGGAAGACGAGAUCGCAGCGAUUCAAGCCCGACGGGCGGCGGGCUCCCGGUCGCCUCCCGACUUGCGGUACUUGUAUUCUGAGCGACCGAACAGCCCCGCCGUUGCUGUUGGUGGGGGGUUUCCUUUCCCUACAACGAACACGGCGCCGCCGCCGUUCAGUUCGAUGGCACCGCCGAUGCAGCAGUCGCAUUCGCUUCCCAACCCGCAGCUGCACCCACAGGGUUCGCCAUCAUUGACAUCAGCGUUCUCGCCCCCCGGCGUCCCGGUCCUGACGCACCCGACACCGCGGUCAACAUCAUUGCACCGGCUGGCUUCUUCUCCAGGAGAAUCGACAACCCCACUAGCGCCGACAGCAACGGCUGCUUCAGCGUCGAAUCCAUCGUAUCGAGUACCGCCGCCGAAGAGAAAGCCGCCAGCAUCACCAUUGCACCUAGACGAAAAGGCGAAGAGCAGUCAAGAAGGAGCAGAGAGCAUCCAAGAAGUGGAAAGGGAAGAGCCUAGAAAACAUCGGGUAGCACCGUCAAUAUCAAGUGUAGGCUACAGCUCGGAGAGUCAUUAUUCUGUGGUCACAUCCGAAUACCACCAAGACCCGAAUCAGACUGCAAACACCACUUUUGCCGGCCUCAACGACUCAUUUGCGUACAAAUAUAACCCUGAAGAUACGACGAUUACGAUACCACCUGUACCCCCACUGCCGAAAGCUGCGUCAACGUCCAGCCUCGCAUCAUCGUCCGCAUACCUCAAUCCACCCUCAAGAGAAACUCGCGAGGCGCAAAAGCACGACCAAGCCCACACGCCAACUCCGACGCCACUCGCGUCGUCGUUUGGCGCACGACUCCGUUCUGGAUCCAAUGCGGCCGCAAACGCCUUUUCCAGCACUGGUGCUGGCCCGAGUACGAGUACGACGGUCAAUGGGCAACCGAAGAAGUCAAAGUUCAAGGUCGUUAACGGGGAUAGGAAUGCCAGCGGCUCGUCAAGUACGGAGGACGGAGUUGAGGAGAUCAUCAAGAGCAAGUCAUUCAAGGACUUAGCCUCUGCAGCCUCCUCUUCCUCGACCUCUUUACCUGCUGCGCCUGUACCCGACCUACCACCACAUGCGGGUGAGAAGGGGCAUCAGAGAGAUGCAUCAAUAUCGGGCACAUCCAACUCGCACUCACAUUCGAACUCGUACUCGACCUCGCAGGCAUCGCACCCUUCCAGCUCAACGUCCCAUUCUGGCCAUGGUUUCUUUAAUUCAAUCUCACAUUCGUUGUCCAACUCCCUACAUUCGCACUCUCACAACACCUCCAAUCCUCCGGCCUCAACAUCUGCGGUUGUUUCUACAUCAGCAGCUGCAUCAGCCUCAACCUCAGCUUUCGCUUCUUCCUCAGCAUCCACUUCUCAACCAACGAUGUCGUCCUCACUGCCUGCAUCGUCGUCCUUAACAUCAGGGUGGCUCUCGCCGAGCCUCCAGUCCUCAUUUGCUACCCCUGGCGCCCCAUCAGGCUGGAAAGCCUCGGCGUCGUCAUUAGCUGGUGGGCUGGUGGGCGCGGUGAAAUCGAAGGUCCUUGGUAGGAAUGGAAGUGGAGGGUCGGACAAGGAGAAAGAGAAAGAGAAGACAUGGUUAGAUAAGGGCAAGGACAAGGAGAGGUUGGAUGAAGGUGUGGGUGGAAGUGGGUCCGGGAGCGAGGCAGGGCUAGAGAAGCAAGGAGAGGACGAAGAAUUCCUCGCCUCUGAAGAGCCCGGAAAUGCAGGAAGGAGCGGGCCAGCAGUAUGGGAGAUGUAUACGAGACCGAGGGCAUCAACGGACGUAUCAAGGAGGGGGCCAGCAGAACCCCCUGCGGCUGCGUCUGCGUCUACGUCUGGUUCGGGUUCUGCAGGGAUGUCCAACGCAAACGCAGGCGCAAGUGCGUCAACGCACUCACUAGUCUCGUCUUCCCAGACACCAGCUUUCGCCGGUCUUCGACGAAAGCCCUCCAAUGCGGACUCUAACACGAACAUGCACGGGAGGAAAAGAUCUCAGUCGCAAUCGUCCUUGCGCUCGCAGCGUUCUGCCGGCUCUCUCCGCGUCGGCAUUGGCGGGCAGUACCAGAAGCAGAAUGCGAGCAUGACGAGUCUGGAGAGCAUACCGGAGGCGUCACCUGCACCAGGUGCUGUGCUUGUUGGUAGGAAUGGGAGUCGAGGAAGGGGCCGGAGCGCGUCAAAUGCGGUCAAUGGGGUGUACGGAAAUUCUAGCAUCAAUGGUCCAUCGGGGUCAAGCACGAGCGUGCACAGUAACGGUGUGGCUGGACCAUCCGGCUCCAGCUCGACCAAUCCGUCACCCCUCAAAAAGGCGCCUGCAUAUGCCCCUCGCCUCUCGCUGCACCAGCACAACGGGAGCGACGACCUCUCGUCCUGGUCGGAGGCGUUGUUGUCUGGAAUUGGUGAUGCCGGAGCAGGAGGUGGCCUAGGGCUGGAUUUCGGCUUGUUCGGGAAGGAGUUCAGUGUCGAUGAUCGGGCGAAAGGCAAGGAGUGGAAUGGGUUCGGCGUUGGGCGGCUCAAGGACGCAGAAAAAGAUACCCCAAGAAGCGCGCCAGCCAGCGGAGCGGGUGCAGUGAAUAUGUUCAGGAUCCAGCAGCAUGCCGCUGCUGUCGCGCGUGCGAGAGGGGCACCAGGACAUGCUCAGACAAUGAGCGUGAGCCAACCCUCAACAGGUACCAAUACAGGUUCGACAUCGACCACGACCACGACAAGAUUGGUUGGUCGUAAGUUUGGUCAGCCAAUCCCCUCAUCGAAGCCACCUCCACGUCUUCCUGUCCCCUCGCGCCCGGACCAAGCUGGCCCAGCCCCGUUACCGCUUCCACCUGUAGGUGCUGGAGCCGCAGGACGCUCGCGCUCGAAUUCGCGCUCUGGGUCUGGCAGGAACUCAACAACGCUAGGAACUUUGCCACAGCCUUUGCCGCUCAACACCCAGGCAAAGGCUUCUUCUAUGAAUGCAGCACUAUCCAACACGCACAACUCGUCCUCUGGCGGCUCCAACGCUCUACCGCCACAAACAGCGGGCAUGCUCAGCCCGACAAGCCUCGCAGACCAGACUUCGCCUGCAGGCUCGUCAGCCGGCCCGGAUUCGGCGCAACUGUGGAACGAAAUCGAGCAGAUGAUGGAUCCCGGCAUGAUGAGCGCGAUUCCGGGUCUACACCUCAGCGUCGCACUGCCACCUGGUGCGCAAGGCGUGUUAAAGAGCGCUGGGUUAGGGAGCUUUGGGCAGGGUGGCUCGGCGUUGGCGAACAUCCAGGCUCAUUCGUCGCUGCCUUCGCCGCCAGUGGGUGUUGCGGCACUUGCCACAAGGGCUCAGGACAGGAGCCCCGCCGUGACAAACGCGAAUUCAAAGGAUCCACAGACAGUGGGCGACCUGGUGGGCUCAUCACCUGCGUUUGAAGAGACGUUCUCGCCGACACUUCCUUUCACACCUGAGGAGGAACGCGUAGCAGGCGUGCGGAAGGCGAAGGCGGAAGGUGCGAAGGGUACUGUACCUCCGCCUGCGGCAAAGCCGAAGCCAAAGAAGAGAGGACGGACGUUAAAGGACGCGUUGGCAAUGGAGAUGGAAGACGAAGGUGAUGAAGACGAAGGCGAUGACAGCGAUGGUAGUGUGUACAGCAACGAAGAAGAGGAUGACGGGUCUGUUGAGCGUCCAAGGUUUGGUCAGGCUGUUUCGAGGAAGAAGGCCGCAGCUGCCAGUGCUAGCGAUGCGAACGUGAAUGGCCGCAUGCCUAGUGCGUCGAGGUCCAGAGAGAGGGACAACCUUAUGGUGGAUGCCCGAGAUACCAACCGCGACUCGACAAGAAGCAGCACGUCAACGUUGACUGUUACAUCAAUGCAUGUACCGACAACCAUCGUGCGGAAUGUCUCGAUUGCCCGCAGAGCAGGGGCAUAUGUCAUCGACCAACCCAGCAGAUCACCUGUUGACCUUAAACAGCCGUCCUACCCACCUUCGCCACUGAACUCCCAAUUUGUUGGCGGUGGUGGAAGCAGUGAAGACUCAGGUGGCUCGUCGAACACAUCCAGCAGCUCGCCAUUGCAGGAACAACCGUUGACAACUCCAACGACAACAGAUGGCGGUGUUGCCUCCCCGCUGCUGUACUACCUCGAUGGGGCACAGACACCCUCGCCAACACCUGACAAGAUCUCGUUCGGCCAACAACCAUUACCGCCCCUUCCCCGUCGACUACCUGUUAUCAAUGAUCGCCACAACGAAUACGUUGAGGAGGAAGACGACGAUUAUGAGCCAUAUCCAGACGAAGAGACCAUGCAAGCCGUUCUCGCUGCAAAUGGCGGUGCUCCUCCUCGUCCAACGAUUGUCAUCAACGACGCACCGCCGUCCGCCCGUCCGCCCAUCGCCACCGCGACUACUGCCACAUCUUCAACAAAUGCGACGCCCCUCUCGCCUUUCCAGCGAUACCGUGGGUGGCUCUCAGCCGUCGUUGCGCCCCUCGAGGAGUUCAUCGACGAGACGGUGGACCCGCGCGACCACUACCUGGACUUGACCGAGAUUGCAGAAGGCGAGAGUGGGUCUGUGUUCGCUGCCGUCCUGAACCCUGUCAAUGCAGGCAAGCUCCGCCUGCCUCCGCUCGUCAAAGCUCAGGACGCAGAGGAACUUGUAAACAACCCCGACGGCAUACGGCUGGUCGCAAUCAAAAGCGUGGCGAUCGUACCAAGUGGGUCACCCAAGCUCGUGGACUUGCAGAAGGAACUGAGCUUAAUGCGAGGGUUGAGUCAUGAGAACGUCUUGGGUAUGGAUGGGGUGUACGUCGACCUGGUGGAGGACAGCCUGUGGGUGCGGAUGGAGCUCAUGGAGAGGAGCUUGGCGGAUAUCAUAGGCCUUGUCGGAAAUGGGCUGAUGUUACAAGAUAGAAUGAUCGCUCGGUUUGCUAGUGACGUGCUGCAUGCUCUAGAUUUUCUCCUGAAACAUAAUAUCGCCCAUCGCGAUGUUCGCUCUGACAAUCUGCUACUCAACAAGCACGGCGUUCUCAAGCUUGCCGACUUCUCCAACGCUGUUCAAGUAACACAGCACUCUCCAAUGCGUUCUGAUAUUGUCGGCGUCGCAUUCUGGCAGGCUCCAGAAGUCCGCAGACCACCCUAUAAUACCCUCAAGGUUGAUGUUUGGUCCCUCGGCGCGACAGUCUGGGAGAUGGCCCAGACAGAGCCUCCCUUUGCUGAAACCCAACAACUUGCCGAGCGCUGGCCGCCCCUCCGCCAGCCCGAACUCUACUCGCCGGCCUUCCACGAUUUCUUACGAAAAUGCUCUGAGCCUGUAUCUUUGAGGCCAGGUCCUACUGAAUUGUUCAAAUCUUCCUUCAUUAACAACGCAUGCGGGCGACAGGUCAUUGUCCAAUUGCUUUCUCAAUGCAUGGCUAUCGAAGGGUCACUUCAGGAAGAGACGAUACCAUGA